GACUGCGCACCUGCGCCCUGGGGCGGAGUCCUUACCCCGACCAGCUGCCCUGCACACAGCUAGCGCGGACGGGCCUCCUCCCCUCUCCACCCCGGACACCUGGCGGAGCCCGCCGCCCGGAGCCCGCGCUGGGAGCAUCCUCCAGCUUCCAUCUGUUCCCUCGGGAGGGUGGGGGCUCAGGCUGGAGCCAGAGUGGUAGAUGGGCACAGACUCCCCCUCCCCCCGGCCCCUCAGGCCGGGGGUGACCUUGCCCCCUGGAGCCCUCACCAUGAAUUCCAAGGACACCACCGAGGUUGCCGAGAACAGCCACCACCUGAAGAUCUUUCUCCCCAAGAAGCUGCUGGAGUGUCUUCCUCGCUGUCCACUGCUGCCGCCAGAGCGACUUCGGUGGAAUACAAAUGAGGAGAUCGCAUCCUACUUGAUCACCUUUGAGAAGCAUGACGAGUGGCUGUCCUGUGCCCCAAAGACAAGGCCUCAGAACGGCUCCAUCAUCCUCUACAACCGCAAGAAGGUGAAGUACCGGAAGGACGGGUACCUGUGGAAGAAGCGGAAGGAUGGGAAGACCACGCGAGAGGACCACAUGAAGCUGAAGGUCCAGGGCAUGGAGCCUGUCUCCUGGCAGUGUUUGUAUGGCUGCUACGUUCACUCUUCCAUCGUCCCCACAUUCCAUCGGCGCUGUUACUGGCUGCUGCAGAACCCUGACAUCGUUCUUGUGCACUACCUGAACGUCCCAGCCCUGGAGGAUUGUGGGAAGGGCUGCAGCCCCAUCUUUUGUUCCGUCAGCAGCGACCGUCGCGAGUGGCUCAAGUGGUCCCGGGAGGAGCUGCUGGGGCAGCUGAAGCCCAUGUUUCAUGGCAUCAAGUGGAGCUGUGGGAGCGGGACAGAGGAGUUCUCUGUGGAGCAGCUGGUGCAGCAGAUCCUGGACAGCCACCCGGCCAAGCCCGCACCGCGAACCCACGCCUGUCUGUGCAGCGGGGGCCUUGGUUCCGGGAGCCUCACCCACAAGUGCGGCAGCACGAAACACCGCAUCAUCUCUCCCAAAGUGGAGCCCCGAGCUUUAACGCUGACCUCUGUCCCCCACCCCCACCCCCCGGAGCCCCCUCCGCUGAUAGCCCCUCUUCCCCCGGAGCUCCCCAAGGCACACACUUCCCCUUCCUCGUCUUCCUCCUCGUCCUCCUCUUCCUCCGGCUUUGCAGAACCCCUAGAGAUCAGACCUAGCCCUCCCACCUCCCGAGGGGGCUCAUCCAGAGGAGGCACCGCAAUCCUCCUCCUGACGGGACUGGAGCAGCGGACCGGGGGCUUGACGCCCACCAGGCACUUGGCUCCCCAGGCUGAUCCUAGGCCUUCCAUGAGCUUGGCUGUGGUCGUAGGCUCUGAGGCCUCUGCCCCACCAGCUCCUCCCAGCCCUGCCUUUGACCCGGAUCGUUUUCUCAACAGCCCCCAGAGGGGCCAGACGUACGGAGGGGGGCAGGGGGUAAGCCCAGACUUCCCCGAGGCAGAGGCCGCCCACACCCCCUGCCCUGCCCUGGAGCCCGCUGCUGCCCUAGAGCCCCAGGCUGCUCGGGGUCCCCCUCCUCCGCCAGGAGCAGGUGGGAGAAGAGGAAAUCGCUUCUUCAUCCAAGACGAUGGCAGUGGGGAGGAGCUCAAGGCCCAGGGGGCCACUCCCCCUGCACCUUCACCCCCUCCUUCGCCCCCACCCUCACCUGCCCCCCUGGAGCCGGCAGGCAGGGGAGGCAGAGGGGAGGCCUUGUUUGGAGGAGCUGCUGGGGCCAGCGAACUGGAGCCCUUCAGUCUUGCAUCAUUCCCAGACCUCAUGGGAGAGCUCAUCAGCGAUGAGGCUCCAGGCGCCCCUGCCCCAGCCGCCCAGCUCUCUCCUGCUCUUAGCACCAUCACAGACUUCUCCCCAGAGUGGUCCUACCCGGAGGGUGGGGUCAAGGUGCUCAUCACAGGUCCCUGGACAGAGGCCGCCGAGCAUUACUCCUGUGUCUUCGAUCACAUCGCCGUGCCAGCCUCGCUUGUCCAGCCUGGGGUCUUACGCUGCUACUGUCCUGCCCAUGAGGUGGGGCUGGUGUCUUUGCAGGUGGCGGGGCGGGAGGGGCCCCUUUCUGCCUCUGUGCUCUUUGAGUAUCGAGCCCGCCGGUUCCUGUCACUGCCUAGUACUCAGCUCGACUGGUUGUCACUGGACGACAACCAGUUCCGAAUGUCCAUUCUGGAGCGGCUAGAGCAGAUGGAGAAGCGAAUGGCAGACAUGGCAGCAGCCGGGCAGGCUUCCUGCCGCGGUCCUGACGCACCUCCAAUCCAGGACGAAGGCCAGGGGCCCGGCUUUGAGGCACGUGUGGUGGUCUUGGUAGAGAGCAUGAUCCCACGCUCCACCUGGAGGGGUCCCGAACGUCUGGUGCACGGAAGCCCCUUCCGGGGCAUGAGCCUCCUGCACCUGGCCGCUGCCCAGGGCUACGCGCGCCUCAUCGAGACCUUGAGCCAGUGGCGGAGCGUGGGGACUGGGAGCUUGGACCUAGAGCAGGAGGCUGACCCGCUCAACGUGGACCACUUCUCUUGCACCCCUCUGAUGUGGGCCUGCGCCCUGGGCCACCUGGAGGCCGCGGUGCUCCUCUUCCGCUGGAACAGGCAGGCGCUGAGCAUCCCCGACUCUCUGGGCCGGCUGCCCCUGUCCGUGGCGCACUCCCGGGGUCACGUGCGCCUCGCCCGCUGCCUGCAGGAGCUGCAGAGACAGGAAGCUUCAGCCGAGCCCCCGCUCGCCCUGUCGCCCCCCUCCUCCAGCCCCGACACUGGGCUGAGCAGCGUCUCCUCGCCCUCGGAGCUGUCGGACGGCACCUUCUCCGUCACGUCGGCCUACUCCAGUGCCCCAGACGGCAGUCCUCCGCCUGCGCCUCGGCCAGCCUCCGAGAUUGCCAUGCAGGACAUUGUCCCUGGCCAGGUCUCCUCGGGUGCCCCCGAGGCCCCCCUAUUCCUCAUGGACUGUGAAGCCACCAACCCCCAGGGGCCAGCCCCCUCACCGCCUCCUCUCCCACCAGCCCCGGACGGUGGGGCUGCCCCAGAGGACACGGAUGGCCCGCCGGCUGUGGACGUGAUCCCGGUGGACAUGAUCUCACUGGCCAAGCAGAUCAUCGAAGCCACGCCGGAGCGGAUUAAACGAGAGGACUUCUCGGGGCUGCCCGAGGCCGGAGCGCCCAUGAGGGAGCGCACAGGGGCCCUGGGGCUCAGUGAGACCAUGUCGUGGCUGGCCAGCUACCUGGAGAAUGUGGACCAUUUCCCCAGCUCAGCCCCUCCCAGCGAACUGCCCUUUGAGCGUGGGCGCCUGGCCGUCCCUCCAGCACCCUCCUGGGCAGAGUUUCUGUCCGCCUCCGCCAGCGGCAAGAUGGAGAGUGAUUUCGCCCUGCUGACGCUGUCGGAUCACGAGCAGCGGGAACUGUACGAGGCGGCUCGCGUCAUCCAGACAGCCUUCCGAAAGUACAAGGGCCGGAGGCUGAAGGAGCAGGAGGAGGUGGCUGCGGCCGUGAUCCAGCGCUGCUACCGGAAGUACAAGCAGCUGACCUGGAUUGCGCUUAAGUUUGCACUCUAUAAGAAGAUGACCCAGGCGGCCAUCCUGAUCCAGAGCAAGUUCCGAAGCUACUAUGAACAGAAGCGGUUUCAGCAGAGCCGCCGGGCGGCUGUACUCAUCCAGCAGCACUACCGCUCCUACCGCCGCCGGCCGGGGCCUCCCCACCGGCCCACGGGCAGCCUGCCCGCCCGCAGCAAAGGCUCCUUUCUCACCAAGAAGCAGGAUCAGGCAGCCCGGAAGAUCAUGAGGUUCCUGCGGCGCUGCAGACACAGGAUGAGGGAACUGAAGCAGAACCAGGAGCUGGAAGGGCUCCCCCAGCCCGGACUGGCCACCUGACCUGCGCCCCGCUUUCCUCACCGCCCUGGGGGCCGCUUCUGGCAGUCUUAACAGGGAGAGGGCUCUCCGGGGGAGGGGAGCCCCCUGUCGGCAGCUGUCCCCCUCCCUAGGUCUCCGCCCUGCCCCACCUCAAUCCCCUGGGUCGUGCCCCCACUCUUUCGGCCCCCCGACCCGCGAACCCCACCUCCCUGCAUCUUCCGCCGUGACCUCCGGAGCCCUGCCUGCCCCUUCUCCACGGCCUCCUCUCUGCCUGCACCCGUCUCGACCCUUCCUGACUUGCCUUAUUUAUUUGUUGGACGCGUCUCUGAAUGUAUCCGCCUCGGUCCCCCCUCCGCCGCGCGCCCCUCGUGUCGCAGGGCCGACCGCGCCCCCACCCGACUCCGCAUGUUGGCGUGUGCCCCCUCCCUCUGCGGCCCGCCUCCCCUGUCGCCCGCCGGCGGCCCGCG